AUGGCCCGCCUCGCAACCACAACCACCACCACCACCACCUCGCCUCCCCACGCCUCGCCGGAUAAACGUGACCAAAAACCAUCACCAACAAAAACAACCCCCACCACGACUGCCAUCACCACCACCAGCAUAACCAAAACCCUCAAACAAACCCUCUCCCUCCUCAACCCCUCAACACACCUGUACAUCACACAGGCGAGCCCGCUCUGGGGACUCGUCGAGCGCAUCUAUGCGCUUCCCCACCCGCCGCCGCGGCGCCGCCGCACGCGGCCCAUGCAGGUGCUGUGCGUCGGCCUGCCGCGCACCGGCACCGAGUCGCUGCAGCAGGCCCUGCUGCACCUCGGGUAUGAACAUACCUACCACGGCUGGGACGUCGUGUAUGAUGCCGACGCCGGCGCCGGGUACGCCCCCGGCUGGGUGGCGCUCGCGAGGAGGAAGUGGUACGCUGGUUUGGGGGGGAAAGGGGGAGGGAGUGCAGAGGCGAGGAUCACGGCGGAGGAUUUUGACGAGCUGCUGGGGCACUGCGUCGCCGUGACGGAUGCGGCAGCGAGCGUGUUUGCCGCCGAAAUGAUUGCCGCGUACCCCGAGGCGAAAGUCGUGCUCAACAUGCGGCGGGACCUGGACGCGUGGGAGCGCAGUCUGCGCAACACGCUGGUGCACGCCAACGAGAGCUGGGGGUUCUGGAUCGCCAGCUGGCUUGAUCGCGAGUGCUUCUGGGCCUGGCACGUGUACGAGCGGUUCCUGUGGCCGCUGCUGUUUCGCGCGCCGGACGGGGAUAUGGCGAGGGCGAUCAGGGGCAAUGCGCGAUGGAUUCAACAAGAACACUGCAACAUGAUCCGCGGCCUCGUCCCCAAGCAUCGCCUGCUUGAGUGGUACAUCGAGGAUGGAUGGGAGCCGCUCUGCAAGUUCCUGGGCAAACCCGUGCCCGAUGUCGAGUUCCCCCAUGCCAACGCGGUCAACGGCGGGUGGAAGGCAAGGGAGGAGCAGUGCAACAAGAGGUGGGUUGAGAGGGCAUUUGUGAACCUGAUUCUGCUGGUGAUGGCAGCCAUUACAAGCAUUAUUGUGGCUCGGAUAUACCUCUUUUGA